GCCAAUAGGAAUGCCAUAACACGUCAUUUUCUGUAGUAACGGUUUGCCAUUUGAUAGCUGUAUAAUGGGUAGAGCAAAUGUGUCCGUGUUUGUGAUGAAAUUAUAAUAAGUAAAUGUAAGUAGGUACUAAUAAGGAUAAGAAAUUAGAAGUAUGCAAUAACAAGAGUGACAGUGGAAAUAGGAAAUGGAAAACACGACGCAAACCAGCGAAGACAUCGAGCAGUCCGUUCCUCUCAAAGAUGGGAAAGAAAAACCCCUCUCGGUGUGCCAAAAGUUAAAAGUCGCCAAGGAUAAUGUGACAGUCGAGCCGGUUCUGUUCUCCUUCAUGAUAGCCAGCAUGAUAUCGGUGGUGGGCUUCGCGAACUUGAACCUGGAUAAAGCCUGCCGAGUGAACCUGGGUUACAAUGACAGCGUCUGCACGGCUCUGAUGCUGAGGCAGCGGGAAAAACUCGGUGAUGCCGAAGUUAGUGUGCAGAAGCUGGUAGCGUCAGUGGAGGCAUGGCGGGGAGUCAUAGCCACUGUGUUCCCCAUCAUCACCAUGAUAUUCCUCGGGGCCUGGAGCGACAAGAUGGGCAAGCGCAAAGUGUGCAUGCUGCUCCCGAUUGGAGGGGAACUCGCGAGUUCUGUCAUGAAUAUCAUCAGCACCUACUUCUUCCACAUCCCGGUGGAGUUGACGACAUUCUUUUCGGCUAUCUGCAUCGCGAUCGGCGGUUCCUGGCACGUUAUGUACCUCGGAACGUACAGCUACGUGGCUGAUAUCACCUCGGAGAGUUCAAGGACGUUCAGGAUAGGGUUGCUUACGUUGUGUCUGUCUGUGUCCAUCCCCAUUGGAAUGGGGGUGAGCGGCUUUAUUCUCCGACACACGGGAUACUAUGGAGUGUUUGGCAUAACGACGACCUUGCAUAUAUUGAAUUUCCUCUACGUUUGGUUCCGUAUCAAAGAGAACGGACGAGAAAAUAAUUCAAAUAAGUCCAAGAAAAGUGGGUCAGGCUGCGUGAGAUUUCUUACAGAAUUUUUUAACUGGCAAAGUGUUAAAGAUUUGUUGCAAUUACUUUUGAAAAGGCGUCCGAACAAUCGACGAAUGAAGUUAGGUCUGGUCAUCAUAGCAUCGUGCUUGCUCAACGGACCAAUCUGGGGUGAAAUAUCAAUCGUUUACAUCAUGUGUCGAUAUCGGUUCAACUGGGAUGAAAUUAAAUAUGGCGUCUUCGCCUCAUACAACUUUGUCGUACAUACCAUUGGUACCCUGUUCGCGAUGAGUUUAUUCGCAAAGAAACUCAAAAUGGACGAUUCCUCCCUGGGGAUCAUUGCAACGCUAAGCAGAAUAUUGGGAGCUCUUGUGUGGGCUUUGGCGAGGAACGACUUGGAAAUCUAUUUAGCUCCCGUGGCGGAAUUUUUCGACGGUAUGAUGAUUAUUGCACUCCGAGCUAUGGCAUCUAAAUUUGUAACCAGCCAGGAAUUGGGCAAAGUGUUCUCUCUGUUCGGCGUGCUGGAGGUGGUAAUGAUGCUGGUGCUGUCGCCGGUGUACUCGCGCGUGUACAUCGCGACCCUGGCCGUGCUGCCCGGCGCCGCGUACUUCAUCACCGCGCUCGCCGGUCUACCCGCCGUCUUUAUAUUCAUAUGGUUCCAUCGCGAGUACAAAAGAGAACUACGAGACGCAGCUCUGAGCCUGGAUUGUACUGAGGAAGUAAUAAAAUGAUGAAGAUGAUGAUGAUGAUCUUAAAUCUUGUUGUUCCCUAGUAAUAUCCAUACUUAUAUUGAAAAUGCGAAAGUUUGCCUGCCUGUCU